AUGAGUUUUGUUGAUUCAGAUGACGAAGACUUCAAUGAGAGCAAUUACAAUCAAAAUUCAUCGAUUUAUGGCAAAGAAAGAGUUUUUACAUUAAUAAUUUCAAAGAAAGGAGAAAAGGUUGAUCUCCAUCCUGCUCGAACACGUGAAAUGCAUUUUCGCUUUUCUUUUGACCAAAAAACAAUUGAAGAUAUACCUCCAACUCAAGUUAUUCCAAAUAAAUCGCAAAAUAAGAAUAAUUUUCAAUUAAUAAUGCAAGAUUCUCAUACAAUACAGCAAGAAAGUUCAGAUGAAUUCGAAGAAUCCGAUAAUUUUGAAGAAGAGGAAGAAAAUAUCCAAGAAUACAUUCAAGAAGAGGAAGAAGAAUUUGAAGAGGAAGUUAAUGAACAGAAUCAAUUUGUUGGAUCUUCUGAUGUUGAAGAAGAGAAAUAUGAACCAGACACUCCAUUAAAAAUACAAGAUUUGGCAACAUAUAUUGAACCAGAUCAGGAAGAUGAGUUAGAUGAAAAGAAUUCUGCCGAAAACAUUCUUACAUUUAAUGAAGAAGAAGAAUUUAGUGACGACAUAGUUACAGCACCACCGGUACAGAAUAAUGUAGUAAAACAACCACCACCAAUCGAUAAUCAUCAAAAACAAAUCAAAAUCGAUCCGAAAAAUGUGAAACAAGUUGAGAAAAAGGAAGCAAACAAGCCAAAGAUAAUACCAAAAGAAAAAGAAACUGCAAAAACAGCAUAUAUACCCGAAACUAAGAAUCAAAACCAUACUACUUUCGAUCUUCCAAAUAAUACAAUGUCGAGUAUAUCUCAAACACGAAGUAAACUUGUCAUCCACUCAAAAAUACAUACAGAUACAAGAUCCACGAUAGAACCAACUUCACAAGUUGAACCAGAAAGAAAAAGAAGACCAUCUCAAAGGCCAGAGCUUAAGCACAGAUCAACAACAAUAUGCUGA